GCGCCUAGUCUGACCUCCGCGCGUUAUGCUGAAUGGACCGACCUUCCGUGGCCACGACCCGAUGCGACUCGUAGACCCGAGGCACCUUCCGCAACUAAUGUCCCUAGAGGACCAUGAGCCCACCUUGGUGGAAGGAACCUUGGAGCCCCGCAACUCCACGCCGACAGGAGAAGAAGGGGCUCCGGGUCAUCAGCACCAUUCCUUCCCCUGGGUGGUGACCCUGAUGGCCGGCGUCCUGAUCACGACCAUCGUGGUGGAUGUUAUCGGAAACUUGCUGGUUAUCGUGUCCGUGUUCAGGAACAGGAAACUCAGGAAAGCAGGAAAUGCCUUUGUGGUGAGUCUAGCAUUUGCUGACUUGGUGGUUGCCAUCUAUCCAUACCCACUGGUCCUGACCGCCAUUUUCAAUGAUGGCUGGAUAGCAGGCUACAUCCACUGUCAGAUCAGCGGCUUCCUCAUGGGCCUCAGUGUCAUCGGAUCCAUCUUUAACAUCACUGGUAUUGCCAUCAACCGCUACUGCUACAUCUGCCACAACCUAAAAUAUGACAAACUCUUCUCCAGCAGUAACACCAUGUGCUACGUUGUGCUCGUCUGGACACUUACCAUCCUCGCCAUUGUGCCCAACUGGUUCGUGGAGUCGCUGCAGUACGACCCGCGGGUUUACUCCUGCACCUUUGCACAGUCGGUCAGCUCGCUGUACACCAUCACAGUGGUGGUGGUGCACUUCAUCCUGCCAAUUGGCAUCGUCACCUACUGUUACCUCCGCAUCUGGAUCUUAGUAAUCCAGGUGAGGCGAAGGGUCAAGCCGGACUCGCGGCCCAAAAUCAAGCCACACGACCUCCGCAACUUCCUCACCAUGUUUGUGGUGUUUGUGCUCUUCGCUGUCUGCUGGGCCCCGCUAAACCUGAUCGGCCUGGCAGUGGCGCUGGACUCCAGGCUGAGCCGGGCCAUACCAGAAUGGCUGUUCACGGCCAGCUAUUUCAUGGCCUACUUCAACAGCUGUCUCAAUGCUGUCGUCUACGGUGUGCUGAACCACAAUUUCAGGAAGGAGUACAAGAGGAUUGUCCUGAUUAUCUUCAAGUUCCACUGCUGAGAUAAAACACUGAGCAAAGACACAAUGAAUAAGGGUUAUUUUUAACUUUAAUGACAAGAAAACACUAUUAAAAAGCCAUGAGCAAAUGAAGGAAAACUUGACAGGAAAAGGAGAAGGCAGGACUAAUGAAGGGGAAAGAAAACAAAUAAAGGUACUGUGGAACAAAGAAGCACAAACUCUUAGAAUGAAAAAGAAAAAUGGUGGAACUUUAAUAGCUGGAGGAGGUGAAGAGGAGGGUUGAGAUGAGGUAAAAUAAAUGAUGCCACACAAAGUUAUCAGUGAUGCCUUCAGGGAAACUAAGAGACUUUAAAAAUGUAGAGAGCAAGGCAGAGA